AUGCAUUUGAAUGCUCCACAAAGAUAGCAGUAUUGGCGAUGUGACGCUAGUUAGCCCGCAAGCGGCUCACCGGAACACACUCUGGCUAAAUCGAGUUAAGUAGCUAGCGAGCGAGCUAAAUCUAGCUCGGUCGCAACUGUGAUGAAGCGGUCAGCUGGAAAAACAUCCAAUUUUCAAACUGACAAACUAGUACAGCACAACCUCGGUUUUCGUUAUUCAUUUGUUCCAGAAGGUUUGACGAAAACUGAAAACAGGGGCAAACUUUCCCAGAGGAGAUCACGUAAAUCCAAUGGCUCUGUUCCAGACACCCAAAAAUAUGAAAACACACAUUUUAUAGUGAAUUAAUAUUGUUUUACAUGCAGGAAACAAUGCAACAUACUGUAAUUAUGUAUGAGGAAUGAGGAAUAUGAGGAAUUUUGUUGUCCUAUAAUUAAGUCAAAAAUAUGCCUAUUUAUGCAAAUGUGUAAUUUAAAUUUUUUGCCUAAAUUAAGCAUUUUCAAGCAUAAGAAUGGCUAAAUGAAGUAAAAUUAAAAUAUAAGGCAUUUGGAAGACACAUUUGAAGAUGUUGUGACAUGUAGUAUUCCACACUGGUCACUAGGUGUCAGUAAUGUUACUGUAAUGUUGGUUGAGACACACAAGCACCAGACUUGAUCCGCGGAACAACAGACUUUUAUUGCAGGUUUGAAUGAUCUCACAACAGGCACAAUAAUCCCUAACACGGGCUCCCAUUGCGUCCGUAUCCUACGCCAAGCUAAAAACUCUGAACCCCCGAUGUCACUUCCUGCCCGAAACACAUUUACAGCAACACACAUGAGCACAAGUCAUUUGUCUUAUUUUUUCGUAUUAUUGGGUAAUACAAGUCUAAAGGUGACUAUAGGGGUGUUAUUUCAUGUCUAGAGGGCUCUAAUAAUGUUAAAACCCGUAUUUAGAAGGUCAAUGGCGGGUUAUUCAACGGUCACACUCAAUAGUGGGUCAGAAAUGCGUAGGGUGCUUAAUUUCACGAUACAGUGCAGUACACGGCCAAUGGACUAGUGUGUAACGUGCAAUAGUCUUCUUUUUCUAAGAAAAUCGAAUCGCACAAAAACUGGGGAACACGAAAACCGAGAUUUCACUGUAAUUAUUUUUUAUAACUAGGGCUGACCGAUAAUAUUGAGCAAUCGUCAACGCUUUUAGACCGAAAUUGUUUGCAAUGUUUCAUGGCCACUGAGGAUUUUCGUCAUCAGUUGAUGAGACAGGAUGUUGUUGUUUUUCAGGUAUUCUUACAAUUUCCAACUUCCUCUAUUUCAUGGUCGUGUGUGCCCUACUUUGGGACGUCGCUUCCGAGAAGCUGACGGUUGUGUAAUCUGUGACCAGUUAUGAGUUGCACAAUCCCUCUUUUUUUUGCAGCUGGGGUGCUGUGUCGUAAUUUAAGGCUGUCAAGUUAAAUGUUGAAGUGAAGGAAGGGAUCUAUCAGUGUUUGUUCACAGCCCUCCUCAUGGAACAUCAACCACUCAAUUCAGUCAGUUGACAGGCAAAAGACAGUUGACAAGUUUAGACUUUUAAUUUGUGUAAUCAUAUCACUCUACAUGUCCUCGGUCUUCCAGGUUAAAACGUUAUAAUGCUGACAAGCCAUACUGUGGGUAAAAUUUCAAAAAAAGAAUCAGUCCAUGCUUUAUUCAAGGGGGUGUCCAAACCUUUUCCACUGGAAGGACGUGGGAGCCACUUUGAUUGGCUUCACAUUCAAUACACGCUCCAAUCAAUCCAAUUGUUAUUUUUGCAAUAUAAUUGGCUUUUUAAAGGGCUUUAACAUACUCUAAAACUUAGCAAAUCUUGCAAGGAUAUGUAUGCUGGCAAAAAUAUACAUUUUUUGGGCUUCCAAUACACCUGUACUGUAAGAUACACAGGUCUGCUAUUCUUGGGCGGAUUUGGGCCAUCGUCAUCGAAAUCUUUCAUUGUUAUCUAUGUAAUCUUCUAACGCUGGCCUUAUUUCCCGUAUUUUCCGGACUGCAAAUCGCACUUUUUUUCAUGUUUUGGCUGGUGCUGCGACUUAUAUGUUUUGUUUUUUUCCACACCGACAGCCACGAGAGGGCGCUCUAGGCUUGUGUGCCAGUAUCUGCUAGUCCCAUCACUCCUGUGCCACUGAAAAUGUACAAUGUAAACAUCAACUUAUAAAGACAACUGAAAGGCUGAAGACAAACGCCCCCAAAAAGAAAAUCAUAUUCUGCAGAUUACAAGCUGCAAGUAAACUAGUUUAGGCUCGAGUGAUCUGAGUAAAUGUUAGUGUUACGUUAACAGACACCUAUUUAGCCUGUUGUUCUCCAUUUUGUUACUAUAAUUAGCCUUUUUAAGAUGAAAUGUCUGUUCUUGGUCCCUGAUUUUGUCAAAUUAAUUCCCCCCCAGUCCAGUGCAACAUGGUUUUUUCUUCUUCAUUGAGCAUUUAUGGCUGGUGCGACUUGUAGUCUGGAAAAUACGGUAAUUUGUUGACUGUGCCAAGGGCCGUUAAAAACAAACUGCGGGCCACACUUUGGACACCUCUGUAAUCUGUAGUGAAUGAAGAUGGUGAUUGGCUAGCAUUUGGAGCACAAAUGCUAACUUAUCAGUGAAAUAAGGACAUCACGUAUUUUUCAUGUCUCAAUAUAUCCGUAAUAAAACGCAUGGAUCGUUGACCAAAAGGCAAAAUCGGGCACAAUGAAGAUGAUUAAGACCUUACAGCAAUCCAAGUCCACUAUGUAGCCAAGAGAUGCUGUGGUUGCCAGCUUGGUCAUUAUUAAAAGGUAGAUCAGUCAUUACGCAAAAAACAGACAGUUCUUUUGUGAAAAUAAUCUGCUGUGCAGUUCUGAGGUCCUUUUAGCAAUCAUGAUCCCAAUUACCAGAGGAACACAUUUGUUCCUGGACUUCAACCUUCUGCAGCCUACAGGCUCUGGCACCACCUCCAGGAGAACUGUACUGCAAAGUUGAUUUUAUUGCAUGCGUGUUCAGUCGGGCUGCAUGACUCGAACUGAUCCCGAUUCUCUGGGACAAAUUAAAAAAAAACAGUGUCAUCAUCUUGUUCUGUUUGGGAGAACCAGGACAAUGGUCCCUCUGCCGUUCUUCAUGGAGGGUUUUGGAAGGACAGUUGUUUUUUUUUUUUUUUUAAAAAUAGAAAUGAUUAGAAAGACUGGAAAUAAUACAUCAAGUCAAAAGUAAGGAUGUCCCGAUCCACGUUUUUGCUUCCUAUCCCGAUCAUUAAAAAAAAAAAAAAAAAAGAUACGCUUUUGUUACGAACAUGAAUUUGUGGAAUUGAAUGUGGUUAUGAAAAUAGCUCUUCAAAGCAACCAAAGUAUUGCUGAAUUGACUUUACUACACAGCAGGGGGUCAGGUCCUAAAUCCAAUAAAUGCUCAAAUUGGGAAAAAAUGACGGACGCAGAUAUUAUCCGAUCUUCCAAAUACCGAGGAUGGGAUCGGGACAUCCUAGUCAAAAGCAUGACAUGCUGACAAAAGAAAAGUCAAUUCAUUGAUGCGAUUGCUCCUCCAAUGCGCUGAUGAUAGUGGCCAGUGAGGCUCACUAGAGGAUGAGGAGGAACUGUUGGGUGAACGAGUCCUUGAGUGAAAUGGCAGGGUUUGCGAUGCAGCUCGUUAAGUAACCUUUUUUAAAUUUAGAAAUGAGACGGGCUUUUUGUGUGAAGCCUUGGUGUUUAAAAUGGCAGCAGAGUGUGAAGUCAAAGUGUGGUCACAAAGGACGUUUGUUUCUUUGUCUGUGAGGAUCAUCACAAGGUUUCUGUCCAGCAUCUCGCUCGACGGUUUCCAUGUCGGAACAUCGAGUGCAGGUUGUUGUUUCAGAGUGAUGCAGAUGAUUGGAUGUGAUGGACACGAUCAGGUCCUAAAGAGUCGAGUCUCUGGACUUUUGUCCUCAGUCACAACAGAACACUUCAGGAGCUACGCUACUCUUUUAGCUACGGUACUCUUUGGACUUUUUCUUCUUUGGUGGAGGUGUCUGCUCGCUGAUGUUUGAGUCCAAACAUCUUUUCUCCUUUUUGCUCUUUUUGUUUUUCUUCAGCGGCUGCUCUUCUUCUGCAGGUUGACUCUGCAGUCUCUCCUCCUCCUUCUCCUGCCCUGUGCUUCUUUCUGCACUUUUAAACUCUCCGUUUUUCUUCUUCUUCCUCUUCUGUUUCCUCUGUGUUUGUGUGUCGCUGUGUUCUACACAGGAGACUUCCUCCUUCUUGUCCUCAGCGCAGCAGUCGGUCCUUUUCUCUGUGCUUGCCUCCUUUUUCUUUUUCUUCUUUUUGAGUUGAACGUUGGGCGUUUCCGACGCCUCCUGGCCAUUUAUUGCUUCGGUCUUCUCCUUGGACGACUUCUUUUUUUUCUUCUUGCUCUGAGGCUCCUCGACCACGUGGUUUGGCCUCUCCUCUAUGGUCUUCUUGCCGUACUUGGCCAUGAACUCUGCCUCCUGCUGCUCCAGCCUGGCUAGCUUAGCGCUCAUGGUCAAACCGUGUCUGGCGCCUCUUCAAACACACAAGAGUGCCACCGUAAAUAACAACUUCCUGUUUUAUUCUGAAAUACCCUUGCACAGAAGAUGUGUUUGCACUUACUUGUGAGCAGUGCGUCCUCCACAAGCCUUCAUGAGCUCACAGUCAGACAGCCUGCAAACAAGUUCAAACACUCUUCAUGUUGGCAAAAUAGUGAAACUUUGCACGCCGGCGUUCUUCCCACUUCUACUGGGUUAAACAGGAAGUCCGUUUAGUGUGAGCACUGCUGCCACCUCGCUGGAGGCUUAUGUAUGUAUGUAUGUUGUUCAAGUGUGAAUACCAUGCAUGAAGACACAGAUACUGAAAGACCCCACUGCCUUAAUCCCCACCUGUGAUGAUGAUGUAGCGUGACAACCCCAGCCUUCACUAAUCAGACCCUGCAGGAUUUCCCAAUGUUGCAAUCGCGCCCGUUCUUGCUAACUCAACCAAUCCCCGCAACUUCCCUGCACAUUUUGGCCAAUCGUUGUUUUCACUAAUGGCGCUCAAAUGGGCACUUCAGCUGUCUAACCCAGGGGUCAGCAACCCUCUUAUCCUUCUGCUGUGGCUCCAGUUGGUUGAUGCGUCUGUGUAGUCACUACAGCGUCUCCUCCUUUCAAAGUCCUGCAUUGGAGAUGGGCAUGUGCUCAGGGCAGCGUUUUCUGGUGAGAAAACUAUUUUGCUUGUUAGCUUCCUACAAUGGUAACUAAAGCAACAUGAAGAGCGUUGCUGGAACUGAAGCCAAUCGAUGUGUUCCAACACGAAUAUGGAUCCGAAAUCAGUGGAGAAGGAUGAAGAAAAAUGACUAAUUGCCAGGUGGCAAGAGGUGUGGCUAGUCACUCCUCCAGGAAGACAGAAAAAGAAAGGGACAAUACACAAAGCAAACUACAUGUAGUAUCACCUUCCGUUUAGUGGUCAAAUAGGUUUUGUGGCUCCAAGUGGGUUUUAAUUUGGUAGAAACGGGCCCCAAACGGCUAUUUUGAUGCAAAAGGUUGCCGACCCCUGGUUUAACUGGUGUCCCUGCUCAAUUGCUGUCAAUGUUGAAUAUGCAAAAAGCAUAUUUUGCCUACAUUUGUUGAAAUCCUGUGCUUUUUGGGGUAAAGGUUACAAAGCUCACAUAAAACACAGCUAGCCAAUUUGUGAAAUCACAAGAUGAUGCAAAAAACUUUGAGAUCAGGCAUUUUACAGCACAACAAGUUAUAUAUUUUAAGAAAAAACUGCGUCUCGGCUUUGUGAUUAUAGGUGGAAAAGCCUAUUAUUAUUAUUAUUAUUAUUACUACUACUAUCAAUGUAACGGAUGCCAGCCCGUGAGGCUGCGCGAGUGUACAUUGGUAAACCUCACUCUCUCUGCCUUGAGAGCUGCGCUGAACACGCGGCCGACAGUCCUGGCUUUUGGCCGUGUGGUCAGCGCGCUCGUCUCUCAUCGCGAAUGUCAUGUGUUUGAGCCCCGGUGCGGGCAGUGCGAAGCAGGGCGGGUUACAUCAACUUUACCAUUUCAACUUUCUUCUUGUAAAUUUUCUUCUCAUAAUUAUGACUUUGCUCCCAUCGAAUCUUGACUUUAUUCUCAUAAAAUUACUGCCAUUUUUUCUAUUUCUGCUGUUUUUUCGCCAACUAUUUCGACUUUCUUCUCGUAAUUAUGACUUUAUUCCCAUAAUUUUUUGAUUUUAUUCUCAUAACUUUUACGCAACCUAAUUUUACCAAAAUUACAACUUUGCUAUUUUGUUUCUUUAAUAUUUCCACUUUUUGCUACUAAAAUUACAUUAUUUUUCCCUCAUAAUAUUAUGUUAUUUUCUUAAAAUUAAGACCGUUUCUUGUUAGAUUCCACCUUUUUUUUCCUCAAUAUUUAGACUUUUUUUUUUUUUUUUUUAAAAAGGAAAUUCGAUCCUUAUUUUUCCAUUUUUGCUGUAGUCUGGGUUUUUUUUGUACCACAGGCCAAUAAAAAACAGCCGUGUGCCUCACUUUGGACACCCCUGAAGUAGACUAGCAGACGACAUUUUGCCUCCCUUGCGCUUUGGCGAGACAGAAAUGAGCGCUCACUGUGUGGUGCUGGACAGAUCCAGCUUCUGCUCGUCGUCCUCGUCUGAGCUGCUGCUGCCAUCGCUGGACUUUGAAGACUUGACCUCCGGCCGCUCCUGACCCGACAGCAGUGUGGCCGACUAAAGAAAGGACAGAUAUUCAUCAUCAUCGUGUCUUCCGUCUGCAACCAUUGCUGUUACCUUGACAAAGCAUCCAUAGAGUUUGGCUUUUGCCAGUGUGGCCUGGCGGGGUUUCUUGUUUGAAAUCAUGCCGACUUCUUCCCCGUCCUCUGAUGUCUUCUUCAACACGAUGCCAUCCUGCACCAAACAGAAGACCACACGGUCAAUCACCCGAUGCCGUCUUUGUCCAGCUCACAAUAACGGGAAGGUAGUUUAACUUUACUUCACCACAGAACAUCUUGGAAGACCUCAUCUUAAAGUGUAUGUAUGCAGGAACAAAACCUGUUUGUAUACCGAGAACCUCCUGUAUGUGUGUCAUGUUUGGAGAGCAAAGAAAAGAUUGCGUGAUGGUGGAGGGUCUCCCAAAGAAGUACCAACCCGAUCAGACUCCACUUGCAGGCUGGACGAGGCCUUGUUGAAGACGUGAUCCCACCAGUGGAAGGUGAACUGCUCUCCUUCCUUGUGGCCGACCUGGCACAACACACAGCCCAGGUCAGAAGACACCGUCCACGCUCAAGACAACAUUAACAACACGUUUGUGUAUGCAUCAUCCAGCACUCACCCCUCCCUUGUCACAUUUCACUUUCACCUUGAUGGCUUCCGCUAUGCCGUUCUCCUCGCGCCCCAGUCCUUUGCCUGCUUGCACAGCACACGUGAAGCUUUAGUGGCUAAAAUAUGAUGCAAUGAGCCGAUAUAAAAUAUCUCACCGUGUUUCCACCCGUGACGCUUAAGUUGCUUUUCAGCAAACCUCAAGCCAUGUCCUUUGUCUUGCACCACCUCUGCCAUCUACACGAAGCAAGUUUUAUUGAGAAUUAUUGAGCAAAACAACAUUUUUAUUCAAGGCCAACUUAUGCAAACGUGUCUCAUUUGAAAAACGUCCAAGUGACUACUGCUAGUCGUCAAGGAACACAGACACUGAGUUGGGUGCUUUAAAUUUCAACUGUAGUUUACCAGCUUCCUUCAUCACUGUCCUUAUAGUUUAUUUUAGUCAACGUAUUUUAAUUCGUGUCUAGUACGUACCGGGCAUAUUUUAAUAGAGUUACCUAUUGAGAUGUUGCUGACUGACAAUAAAAAUUAAAAAAAGGCCAAACAUGGACCUUUGGUAACAACAGCAUUAGUUACGCGCUUAGGGCUAUCAGCACAAAAUGGACACAAUACAGAAUGCUAACUCUUUUUAAAACUCUUAGUUCGCAUUUCAUCCAAGCAUUGUAGAACCAAAGAAGCAAAGUGGUGCAAAAAAGCAGCAUUCACACCUUAGUAGAAGUCUGACACGCGGAAUCAAUAGGAGGCUGCCAUGACACCGGAAAUACGCCACGGUCUGUGCACAUUAUGUACUUCCGGGUUUUACCCUCCUUCCACCCACAUUUGAUGAAUCCGCUCACGUUUGCGUUCCAGUUUCCAAACACAAUUAUAUUGAAAUUUUUGUGCCAUUUUUUACGCAGUUUCGGUAGCAAAAGAAUCAAGAUCGAACAUCUCCAUUCAAAAAGUUUGCUCCUCAUCGGCACUUUAGUCAGUCAAUAUCUUUCAUUUGUAUGCGCUCGUGCCGUAAAAGAAAUAAAUUGUGUUUUCGUAGGUAAAAUGUUUACUAUUGGUAGAGUUGACGAUAUUAUGGAUGGUAGUAUAGAAGUGAACACUAGAUGGCAGUAUUAGUCACUUAAAUAAUGACCUCUCGUCUUGUUCUUGUAUCUCAACAGCUUUUCAAGCGUAAACUUUCAUUUUCUUGACAGGAACCCUUUGGAGUCCAGGUGAAAGAAUCUAUCUUGCCUCGAAUGAUUUCCUUUUUUUAGUAUUUUAGAACCUCACGUGUGCAUUAAUUUAACAAGGAACCCUUCUUGUCACUUAGAAUGCAAAUAUAAAAUGUAUAAUUAAAAAGCUCAUCAUUUACAAAACAGCAAAGUUAAAUGUAUUGACAUACUUGUUGCGUUUCGCUUUGAAUGUCAGAAAAACGAUGGCUUGAUAUGGUUUUUGGGGGGUUAAAAAUAUGGUUAUAACUGUGUUUUGUCUGGAGACGUUUUCGUCACACUGCAUCAUAGCACCUUUUGUUUUGAGCUAGUCAGUGGAUAGGAUGCUAAGAGGCUAAACCGUCAACGCAUUGACCCUAAACACGAUCUAGCUUAGCGGCUCGCAUCCAGCACCCCUGAAUCUGAAUUCUUCGUCUUGGCGAGACAUUUUGGACAACUGUGUGCUUCCAACUCUGCAGGAACAUUUUGGUGAAGGCUCGUUUUUGUUCCCAGUGCAUAUAAAUUCCAAGUAAUAAUACUAAUUGGGCAUUGCUUUUGAGUCAGUGUGAUAUUUUCCAUUUCAAGAGUUCAGUGUAAUACAGAAUGUUGCAGCUUUACUCUAUCACGGCCAUGGCCUAUUAUUAGUAAAACAAAAUUUAUAUUUAAGCAAGUUCUAUGUAAUUUUGCCUAAAUUAAGCAUUUGUAGUCAUACAAAUGGCUAAAUGGAGUGAAUUACAAAUACCGUAUAAGGCAUUCAGAGGACGAAUUCAAAGAUGUUGUGUAUGAAAUAUUCUACACUGGUCACUAGGGGGCAGUAAGGUUACUGUAGUGUAGUAAGACGCACAAGCACCAGACCGAAACAACAGGUUUUUAUUGCAGCUUUGAAUGCUCUCACUAGUGAUGUGUGGAUUGACACUGAAAUAUUGAUACUUACGAUACCAGCUCUUCAUGCUCUAGAAUUAAUUCUCAAAUCAAAAUAUCGAUACUUUUGAUGCUUUAGUCAUUUGAGAUAUCGUUUGUCUGAAACGUUCGUCUUUUGAAACGAUGACCGAUCGUAAGCGGAGCCGUGUGUGAAUCGGGAAUCAAGUUUUCAUUCUUAUAGUAGUGCUUAAUAAUUAAUCAUUUAUUUGAAUGGUUUUAUUAUUUUACAUCAUUUUCUUUUUUUAAUUGUUUAAGAUACCAUUUUGACAUAUUUUACAUGAUUUACUUACAUUAAUUCUAAAUGUAUUCAAAUAAUAAUAAAAUGAAUGAAAUGUCUUGUAUUCUGAAUGCUAUGAUCUGAAAUACACUACUUUUUAAAAAUGUACCAGAUCAGUGAGGUGAAUUUGCACAUAGUAUCGGAUCGGUAUCACCAAUACCAGCCUGAAUUUUAGUCAGUAUUUGAUCGGUGGUAUCGCACAUCACUAGAUCUCACGGCAGACACAAUAAUCCCGAACAUGCGUUGCUGUUGCGGCCGUAACCCCUGUCAGGCUAAAACUCUAACUCUGAACCCCCGACAUCACAUCAUGAAUUCAGUGCCAGAACAGCACCAGAACCCAUUUACAGCAACACACAAGCACGGGUUAUUUACGUCUUAAAUGGCUUAUUUUCUAAAGGUGACUAUAGGGGUGUUAUUUCAUCUCUAGAGGGCUCUAAUAAUGUUAAAAAACGUAUUUAGAAGAUCAUAAACAGGUUUCCUAUGCUAGGAAUCCUACUUCACGGAAGUUCACUUAUCACGGUCGGGUGUGUAACCAAUUAAGCGCGAUUGCCGUACUGCCUAAUGGGCCAGCCGGCUCUGUUUGAAGUUAUUGUGCCGCGGCUGUGAAACAUUCAGAUUUCAAAUAAGUCGGUGUUGAGUGUGUACAGGAAAUAGUUUCACCUCUUCUCUCCUGCUGUUGCUGCUGCUAGUUUCCUCCCGAGUGAGGAUGUCCUCGUCCUGCUUUGCGAGAGGGAGGUCUUUAUCUGUGUCAGCAGGAGGACGCGAACGGCGGGUGCUUGUGCAGGAGCAGCUGCUUAUCAAGGCCGAGCGGCCCGGCCUUCUGUUAGGGAGGAAACAAGUCCAGCUGUUGUCGAGCGACGGUUUCAUGUGAACUCUCGGAGGAGCCCAACGCAGCUGAGAGCUGCAAAGAUAGAUGUGGCUCAUCGGACGCAACAUUAGGUCCUGUGAUUGACUGGCGACCAGUCCUGGGUGUACCCCGCCUCUCAAAGUCAGCUGGGAUAGGCUCCAGCUCACGUAUGACCCUAUGAAGGUUCUUAUAUUUUGUCACCCUUGUUUAUUUAUUGCCUUUCUUUUUGCGUUGGACCUCAUUGCAGUUGUACCUAAUGACGUCCAGCUCGUAAUUUCUUCCUGUUUUUUAAAGAGAACUUUGAUUUAGUUUACUCAAAAAAACCCAUGUUACCACCCACCCAUCUAUCUGAAGACCAAAAACGCCCCCUUUUGUCCCACCCCCUCUCUUUCCCCCCUCCCUCGCUGCUGUCACAGUUUUUCCACUUUGCUUGGACUUGACGACCCUCCCCCCCAUUAUUUUUGGGAUGACUCUUUCCUCUCCAGUUCUCCUCUCACAACCUCCGACCCGCUUUGUGCAACAAGAUCCGUGCAAACUUUUUGUUAUUCAUAUAUUUUAAAAAAGCUUUUUCUUUCUUUUUCUCUUUUUUGGUGGUGGGGCGUCUUUGGAGAGAUUCUGGACUGCGGGACCACCCAGAGACCACCAGCAGGACUUCUCUGCUGCCGGCAAGACAGGCGGCACAGCGCAUGCCAGAGGUGGUGCUCGAAAUCAGCGUGCUUUAACUUUGAGGAAUUUACUGGCCAAGACUGGACUUAAUAUCCAGAAGAACGUGAGUAAGGACCAUGCUGACCGUGCACAAUGUCCACCUCCUGCUUCUCCUCUGCUUCCUGCUCCGCCUGGCCUGGUCCCUCAACCCCCGAGAUCCCAACGUUUGCAGCCUGUGGGAGAGCUUCACCACCUCCGUCAAGGAGUCGUACUCGCAUCCUUACGACCACGUGACCGAGGAGCCCUGCUCGGACCCUCGGACCAACUACAGAUGCCCACGUCACAGGAUCACCUACAAGACCGCCUACAGGCAGGCCGUGAAGACCGACUACCGCAAGCGCUACCAGUGCUGCCCGGGCUACUACGAGAGCCGCGACAAAUGUGUUCCCUGUGAUGACAAUCAGUGGGGUCCACGCUGCAGUCAACCGUGCAAAUGCAAGAACGGAGCCCUGUGCGAUCCGGUCAAGGGGGCGUGUCAGUGCCCGCCGGGCUACAUCGGGCGCCUCUGCGAGGAAUCCUGUGCCGCCGGCACCUUCGGCAAGGGCUGUCUGCAGAAGUGCAAGUGCGGGGCAGGAGGCUCGUGCGAUAAAGUCAGCGGGGAGUGCUUGUGUCGCGACGGCUUCACCGGCACCUUUUGUGAGAAGGCGUGCUCCAGGAAGUGCCCGGCGCGGUGUCCCUGUCAAAAUGGAGGCAUCUGCAGGGGGAAAGGGAUCUGCGCUUGUCCUCCUGGAUGGAUGGGUUCCGUCUGCACGGAGCGAUGUCCUGAGGGAAGAUACGGACCCAACUGUGCCGAGGAGUGCGUCUGCCACAAUCGAGGCAAAUGUGACCCUGAGACCGGACAGUGCAAAUGUGCCAAAGGUUUCACUGGUAACAGGUGUAACGAGGAGUGCGCCGUGGGCUCAUACGGCCAGGACUGCGACGGCGUGUGCGACUGCGCCAACGGCGCUCGCUGCUACAACAUCGACGGAGGCUGCCUGUGCGAGCCGGGCUUCAGUGGCCCCAACUGCAAGGACAGGAUGUGCGCUCACGGCAAAUACGGCAUGCACUGCGAGCGCGCCUGUCUCUGCCAGGACAAGCACACGCUCAGCUGCCACCCGAUGAAAGGCGAGUGCACGUGCCAGGCAGGCUGGGCCGGGCUGUACUGCAACGAAACCUGCGCCCACGGUUUCUAUGGCAACGGCUGCCUGGAGCCUUGCUUGUGUGUCAAUGGAGGAGUGUGUGAUAGCGCCAGUGGGCAGUGCCAGUGUACACCUGGCUAUACGGGUGUUCACUGCGAGAGUCCUUGUAAAAGCGGUACCUACGGCAAGAACUGUUCCCUGGAAUGUUCCUGUAAGAACUUUGUGGACUGCUCGCCGAGUGACGGCGCCUGCUUUU